UAUCUGUGCUGUGAAAUUGUCAGUUGUCAUGGUCAGUGGUAAACAAUUUGCAUUAUUUUGCAAUGCACAUUAGUGCAUAAAUGUACAAUCGUUUUUAACCGUUUCAACAUAAUUAAAAUUUGCUUUAAAAAAGGAAAAAUGUGUGAAAUUGUGCAAGUGGUAGAAGAGCCUUUGAAGAAUAUAGAAAAUGAUUGUCAGGGCAUGAAAUUGGAUGAUAUCUUAGUUGCACCUGAGGCCAAUUUGUCAGACAUGCCAGUUGAGAUUAUUUUAAAAAUAUGCUCAUUUUUGGACUCCCACUUCUUAAAGUAUACCUUAAGUCAAGUAUGUACAAGAUUUCAAGAUAUCUUGGCUGAUGACCAUCUUUGGAAAUACUGGGUGCAAAGUAAAACAAAUGGUUGUUAUCCAACAUUGCCAAACCUCCGAGUUUGGAAACAAGAGCCAUUUGAUUGGGAAGAUAUUUGUGUAGAAAUUGAUAGUGAGAAAACUAAAUGGACUAAUAUGGAAAGUACUGUGAGGCAUGUUAUAGUUAAAGAUGUCCACUAUGCUUCUGUUGAUGCUGUUCUUCUAGUGAAUAAAGGCCAAAUGUGCUUCUCUGGAGGAAGAGAUAGGAGCUUGGCUCAAUGGACUAUAAAGGACCUAACGCAACAAAAUGACUUUAAACCAAGCCGAAUAAGACUCGAUGCACAUUCUGGUUGGGUAUGGGAUCUUGCUGCCAAUAGUGUAGACAAUGCAUCAGUAGUGUAUUCUGCCUCUUGGGACAACACUGUGAAAGCUUGGGACAUUACUUCUGGAUUAGAAUGCAUCCAAUCAUUCAGUUGUGGCAUGGCUGCACUAUCUCUAGUUGCUUCUGACAACCUGUUAAUGGCUGGGUUAUACAAUAACAAAGUACUUGCAUUUGACGUAAGAGCAGGCCCCAAUCAUAUACAAUCAUAUAGGCCAAAUAAGGGUGCAAUAUUAGCAAUGAGCAUGUACAAAAAUAUGGUCGCUUCUGUCAGUAACUCCAAAAAUUUGACAAUAUGGGAUCAGACUGCAGGAAAAUUUCUUCAUAGAUGUUUAAAGAUACCAAUAGCAACACAGGAAUAUUAUGCUUCUUGUAUUAGCUGGAACUCAUCAGCUCUGUAUGUUGGUGACUCUAUGGGAUCAUUGCACCUCUUCAAUCCAGAGGAUUUUACAUAUAUAAGAACACAUUCACUUUGGGUACCAUCAAAAUUAUUGAAUGAGUCACAUAAGAUGGUUGGUUGUCAUCAAACCAAAGGAAACAUGGUAGUGGGUUCAAAUCGAGGAGAAAUCAAAUUUUUCUACAAUUGCAAUCCUCCUCACGAGUAUUGCACUAUUACGACAGAUACUAUAGAUGUGACUAAGUUGCAAUAUCAAAAUGGAGUAUUGGCUGUGGGAUCUUGUGAUACAGCAUUAGAGUUUUGGAUUCCAAAGGAGAAAAAUGACGCUGUAUAGAUACAAUAUUUGACAGAAUUGUGUAUCAAUAAAAAUAUAUAGCUGGCCAACUAACAUUGCAACAUAUAAGAUUCAGACCAAUAACAGCUCAAGUGGGUAGAGUGCAAUAAAACUUUAAAAGAGCAGCAUACACUGAAACAUUUGCUACUUUGAAUAAAGUUUUCUUAUAUUGAUCUUAUAUGGAUUAUUUGUCCAAACACAUAUGGAGUAACUUGACAGUAAAUCUCUAUGAUAAUUCUCGUUACAAUUUUAACUUUCUAUUCGUUAAAAUUGAACCCGAAUUGCAUUAUACACCUCUCUAAAAGACCGACAACACUCUUGUGAUUUCUCUGUGUCUGGUGUUACCAUCUCAAAUUAACUUAUAAUUUUUGUUUUUACUUUUUUUACAAAACAAAUUAGUAGUUUAUUUUUUUAUAAAAUUAUAAGUAUACUUAUAAUGGAAACAACACAAUAAAUAUUUACGUUAUGUUAGGUACGUUAAAAAGUUGUUGUAAAAAUGUAUUCUUUCAAUUCAAGCAUAUUUAUUUUAACUACUAAUCUUCUUUUGCUUCUCUUAUGUAAAAUUUUAUUUUGUUAUUUAUAUGGAGCGCUGGUGGUUUAAUAUACCUACAGCUUUAAUGGCGACAUUGCAUUAACAAACCGUUGUCUAACCUUAAUGAUAAAAAUGAUUCUAAAAUUUAGAGUAAAUAAUUGAAAUUUUGUAACAAACAAAUCAUAUUAUAUUUUGGAAACAGAAUUUUUAUCACCCUGUCGUCGCAUAAGACUGCACGUAGUAGGUGUCAGAGCCUACGCUAGCGCGUGGCUACUAGAUUUCUAAGAGGUUGUUUCGAAAUGAAAUUAUGGAAAAUUGAUUUAUUUAGAGGAAUUUUAUUUCUGAUUUUUUUUUAUGAUUACGAUAAAGGAGUUCUAACCGUGUGUUAUUUAAUGUUGCCAUUGUAGUGCCACGAUGUAUAAAUAAGGGUUACUUAUUUUUUAAUAAGCUUUGUUCGAAUGUUCACUUUGAGCAAGAAAUUCUGGGAAAUUGAAAAUUUUAACGAUGUCACAGUUGGUGAGAACAAAAUAUUAUGACUUAUAAUAAUGCCGACAAAUGUUAACCAUGUACUAAUAAUCCUCUUUAUUUGUUAGCGUUUUAUUAUGAAUUAUGACGUCAAUGUACAUACGCAUCAAGCGAACCUAAGUAUCAUAACACUGAUUUUUAAAUACUUUUUUGGCGUUAAGUAUGUUUUAUUAUUGUGAUGUUAAAUUAUGCCAUAUCAGAACUUACCUGUUUACAUGUACAUUGAGUUCACAAAGGCGGUCUCAUCUCAUUUAGAAAAUGUUUGAAUAAACAUAUAAAUGAGUUGUUUAUUUCAAUUUUUCAACUGGUUUUGAUAAUUGGCAUUGUAUGGCUAAUAUUAUGUACUUACAUAUAAUCUUUAUGACUAGUGGUUAUUAAUUUGACAUAUUAUAAUUAUAUUUACCCUGUAAAAUUGAAUUAUAAUAAAUAAACUAUGAAUUUAAAUGUAAAAUAAAAAUAUGCAUAGGUAAUAUCCCUAUGCAGACAAACUAUGAAAAAAUUACAUGUUAAUAAAUAUUUUAUCAAUCCCGGUCGAAUUAUAUAGGUAACAUGCGUGAAUAUAUCAAGGACUUUCGAACGAGCUGAUUUAUAAGCUCUUUGACAACAAAAUAAAGUUUCACAAAAAAUAAUCUAUAUUGCUACCUAACUACAAUAUUUAUUUGAAAUAAAGUAUCAAACUAU